UCCAAUACUAGUUUUCAUCUAAAAACUUUGGAUCGAGUUUCCAAUUCUUUUUUAGUUUAGAUACCCGCAGAUCUAAGAAUCGGAUAGUGGAUCAAAUCAUGAGAUCAAGGUUUUUAUUUUUGCUCACCCAUAUCUGGGAGUUUGAAACUGAAGCCAAGACUAUUGCAGACCUCAAUGGUGACAUGGUAACGAAUAGAUAAGUGAGUAAUUACAACAAUCCAAAAUAAGAGAAUUGUAUGAAUUUUAAUUUCUGUUAUACUAAAAAAAGUUACGUGGACAACCUUAUGAUUCAAUAGGUAAAUGAAUUAAUGUAACAUUCAUUUGUUUAAUGUUAUCUAAAAUUAUUUUAUGUCAUCUCGAAAUCUUUUGAUUUUGUAGUAAUUGUUUUAAUUUUUUUUUUAAUUAAAUUUUUAAAAAGUAUUUAGUGAUUUUUCUUUUUAUUUAUUUAUUAAAAGAACACAUUAUUGGAGAGUGGUUGGUACCCAUGACACAAAACCAUUUUUAUUUUAAUCAAUUCAACCAUGAAUUAAUCCACCAAUAAUCAGAUUAUUACAGGUAGCUCAAAGAAACAUAACGAAAUUCAGGUACGUGAGAAUGGUAUUCUUGAAACAACCGACAAAAGAACAAGAGCUCUCUUCCCUCCUGCAAACCCUCCAUGAGCAUCAUCCGCUCCAUCCUCGCCACUACGCCCCCAUCUUUCAGCUCCUCACCCGCUUCCGUGGCUCCCUCUCCCAGGCCAAGCAGCUCCACGCACACCUCACGCUCCGCGGCCUCCGCCCCGAUGCCUUCCUCGCUGCAAAGAUGGUUGCUUUGUACUCCAGCUCCCGCGACCGACGAACCGCUACUCUUCUAUCUCGCCAAGUUCCAUGUCCCUCUACCCUUCUCUUCAACGCCCUCAUUCGCGGCCACUCCCUCUUUGCCUCCCCCUUAGAGACCCUGGACGUCUUCCGUCAAAUGCAAUCACACGGGCUUCCGCCCGACCACUUCAGCUUCCCCUUCGCCCUCAAGUGCUGCGCUGAGCUGCAGUUUCUUCCCCUUGGACAGUCCCUCCACUCCCAGUGCCUGCGCUUCGGCCUCGAGAAAGAUGUCUACGUCGGGAGCUCUUUGGUUAACAUGUACGCUAAAUGCGGAUACAUGAAGUUUGGUGCCGUAGAGAUGGCGAAGGAGUUGUUUGAUGAUAUGCCUAAAAGAAAUAUUGUUACUUGGACCGCUAUGAUCUCGGGUUACUCUCAAAACGGGAUGGCUGACAGUGCAUUGAGCUUGUUUGAAGAUAUGAAAAGGGAAGGCUCUCAGGUGCAGCCCAAUUGGGUCACAAUUGUCAGUGUGCUGCCUGCAUGCGCACAUUCAGCUGCUCUGGAGCAAGGACAACGGAUACAUGAUUAUGCCACUGCCAUGGGAAUGGAUGCACAUCCAACAGUUCGGAUUGCACUUGUGACCAUGUAUGCCAAGUGUGGCAACCUUGUGGCUGCUCGCAGAUGUUUCACUAGCAUACUUGGGGAGGACGACAACAACAGCAAGAAUGAUUUGGUUCCCUGGAACGCUAUGAUUGCCGCAUACGCAUCCCAUGGGCUUGGAGCUGAAGCUGCCACACUAUUUGAAGACAUGAUAAAGACUGGUGUUAGGCCCGAUUCAGUCACGUUCACGAGUUUGCUAUCAGGAUGCAGCCAUUCAGGUUUGGUAGAAGAUGGAUUGAAGUAUUUUGAUUCCAUGAGGACAGUGUACUCUGUGGAGCCUCAAGCUGAGCAUUAUGCUUGUGUCGUGGACCUCCUGGGCAGGGCGGGUCGCUUGGAUGAAGCUGUUGGGAUUAUUGAAAGGAUGAAUGUUGUUGAAGUGGGUCCAAGUGUUUGGGGUUCACUCCUCUCAGCUUGCCGGACUUUCCGGAACUUGGAGUAUGGGGAGAUGGCAGCCAAUAGGUUGUUUGUUUUAGAACCCGAGAAUAGCGGCAAUUAUGUUCUGCUUUGUAAUAUAUAUGCUGAUUUUGGAAAGUGGGAGGAAGUCAAGAAAUUAAGAUCUCUUCUCAAGGAGAGGGGGAUACGAAAGAGCCCUGGUUGCAGCUGGACAGAGAUCAAUGGAAAAAUCCACGCAUUCUUUGAGGGGGACAAGUCUCAUCCACAAUCAAGACAGAUACAAAUAUUAUUGGAAGAUUUGGACAAGAAAAUGAAGGCUGCCGGAUACGUGCCGGAUACUAGAUAUGUGUUGCAUGAUAUCAGUGAGGAGGAGAAGGAAUGUAGUCUGAAGACCCACAGUGAGAAACUGGCGAUUGCCUUCGGCCUUCUCAAUGCUUCACCUGGGACAGUUAGAGUCUUGAGAGUGACCAAAAACCUUCGCAUAUGUGGAGAUUGCCAUAUGUUUGCUAAAUUCAUCUCUAACAUCUAUUCGCAAGAAAUCAUAAUUAGAGAUGUUAACCGCUUCCAUCAUUUCAAAACUGGUACGUGCUCAUGUGGAGACCAUUGGUGACCACAAUAAAGGGCAGUUGUCACAGCACUAGUUUUUAAUCUGGAAGAAUACUUGUGUAAUUAUUUGUUAUUCCAAAACAUCAAAGUACAUUUUGCAUA